UUCUUACCUGUUUUCUCAACGCACAAAUAUUUAAAGAAGAGGGAAAUUAAAAUGCCGAAAGUAUCAGCUCACAAUUAAGCCAAGAGCGCGGCUAGCAGACGACGAAUGAGCCUCUCCAGUGACGUGAUUCGCGCGCCGGAAAGACAGCCGAGAAAAACGUGAACUGCGCAUGUGCAAUGCUUCCAGCGAUUGCCGUUACGCAGCGCUGACAGCGCCGAUGGUCACGCCAGUCAAACAUUCGCUUGUUCAGCCGAACUGCGCUCAUCGCUGUACCAACAGCCCAGUCUGCUUUCGUGAACGACAGUGCUUGCGACAGAUACGCCAUGUCAUCUGCUUCCUGCAUGAAACGUAAGCGCCGUCUGCAAGCUUCACCUCAGCAGCGUCUAAGGUCUUCAAGCUACAAGCCUGUAAUUUUUCAAGGCCACUUCAGUUCAGACAAAGCGCGUGCAGAUAGACACGCUGGCUGCAGGCCUGCUGCUUCGGCUUCCCAGUGCCCCGAAUGGAAUGACAGCAUCAAGGUCCCAGCCACCUUUGACAAGUUCUGCAGGAAAGAGAUGCACAAAAAAGAACGUGCUUUCGCCAAGGCACCUAGGAAGACAGGACAGGGUGCGGAGGCUCGGGUGAGGAUGGACCCAAAUGAAGGUGACUUUAACUACCUUUCAGUUAAGAUUAUCCCUCCUACGUUGAAAGAAUGAGAAACACAAAGAUGCAUAUUUUAAAGCCAGGAAUAUUUUUUCGCUACGCCUCAUACGGAAAACUUGGGGUGAACCUGUUGAAUUAGAAAACAUUAAGGUUAUUUUUUAGCUGCGCAGGAUUUUGUUUAGUUGCCUGUGGGAGAUAGCCCAA